UUGACAAACAUCGAAUAACUAUGUGAACAUGCGGGGUCUCCUUUUUCUUCGAGGGUGAUGUAACGGUAGCCAAAAGUUGCCGCCAUCAUCUCAAAGUUAAUUUGAAAUUUGACAUUGUAUCGGUUAUUGUUUGGACAAAACGCAGGCCGAUGAAACAAUCGGAUCACCGACUACGUCAGAAUAGUGUGCUUGCUGAUUCCGCCUGAUGGUUUGGAUGCCGAGAAUAAAAAAACAGAUAUAACUUAUCACCACGAAUUGAAGUCUCUCUGACCAAUAUAGAACCGCUAUCAAUUUGAUCGAAAAGAGAGACUCAAAGUCAAGUGACUUCCACCAAGACGUACCAGUUUGCUUAAUUAAUUGUUUUCACGAGUUCAUGAAUUUGGAAUCGAAAAUCGUGUGCAUUAGGAGUGAAAUGUGAAAACAAACUUGCUGGCAUGAAAACAUUUCGGGGGGAAACGUCUGAUGUUAAUCUACUUUUAUGUCGAGAAAAAAGUUAAAAAAUAGGCGAUUCAAAUGAGUGAUUUUGUUUGAAUUGACGCGAUGUAAACAUGGGAGUCUAGAUAUUGCUCAGGCGAAAUUAAUUAUGUUUCGCUCAUUGUUGAUCGAUAAUAGGUAGGUAUUUGUUAAAUGAAACAGGAUUGUUUUAUCGAAGAUCGAACCUUUUCACUCAGGCGUUGUACGGACGAAUUGGUGUUGGUAGUACAAAGUAUUCUGAUCGUUUGAUGUGUCAGCACUGGAUAUAAGAUCUCUUCUUCAGCUAUGACCGGGCAUGCAGAUAUGUAAUUACAGCAGUCUCAUAUUUGCUGGAAAUGUCACAGUGUUACUUAUGGUCUCAAUGACUACAGAUUACUGGGAGUACAGAAGCUUUAACCAAACUAUGCUGAAACAAACCCUCCACAAGGCAAACCAAACAGAAUUCAUCGAGCCCUUGGACACGAAUUCCUACGUGUCUCUUUGGUACAAAAGAAAUUUGCUUACGUCCCAAAGAAACUCGGUGAAAAAAGAGAUAUUGUACCAACCUCCAAUUUUAGUGGAAAAUUAUUUUGUUGUGGCUCAGAACAUAACUGACGAUACCCAACACUCCGCGGACAUUCAUUCAGACAUGCUCGCAGGAAUGGUGGUUCUAUUUAAGCAAUAUGGAAAUCUUUUUCGAGAUUGCGAUGCUCUUGAAGAGGGCGUACGCCAACGUUUAUAUUUGAUACAGAAAAGAGAACACAGGUGCGAGUAUCUCAGUGGGAGGGACAUCGAAGCGUCAAGUGACGUCACACAACUCAUCGCCGUCAAACAUUUAGAGAGAGCAGCUUGUGCGUUUGCUGUGCUUUGCUUGGUAUCCAUGGGAGCCGGUCUUAUUACAGGUGCAUGUGGUCUGUUUGGUCACCAUACACGGAUCCUCGUGUGGGCAUCAUGUUGUUCGUUAAUUUCUGGUAUCUUACUAACUCUUGCUAUAGCACUUUUCCACGGGAAGUGUUACAUAUUACGUCGGACAGAAUUAUUACACGGAUAUCGCAUCCCUCACAAGAAAAUUAUCAACGAAUCAAGGACGUACAGUUUUGGGUGGUCCUUUUACCUGGCCUGGAUUUGCGUUUUCCUAUGUUUUAUAUCCUCGUUUGUAUGGUUGUACAAAGCGCAAGACCCAAAACAGACCCGAAUACCGGGAGUAAACUAUAUUCGACACAGGUACAGGAAAGGAAGAUACUCUUAUUUUGAUGAUUGAACAUUCAGGUACUUUGUACAAAAAACAAUUGAAUGAUAUUUCUUCUUUGUUAACUUUGAAAUACAAUUUAUUCUACAUUUUUAUAUAGAUUAGAUUUUUUUUUUACAUUUAGACAAUCAUAUGCCUUUACACCUUUGUUAACAUCAUGCAAUAAUUCAAAGAAAACACAAAGAAAUCAAAUAAUAAAAAUGUGAAUAAAGUUCAUACGAUUGAAGAAAAAAUCAAAAUAGAAACCAAAGAAAAUACGAAAGUAAGUAAUUCCAUAGAUUUGAUAACAUCGAUUCGACACAUUAUAUGCAUAGAUUAUGUGGAGUUAUAAUAAUACAUGUAUGCAUAAAAGGGUGUCCGAAAAUUGUACAUGGUAUAUUGCAAUAAUUGAUAUCUCUCGCUAUCUUUAACUAUUGAAUUAUUCUUUUUGUCUUUUAAUCACCUUAUUUUUCUCUACAUUUACAUUUAUUGCACGCAUUAUUUACUUUCCUGAAAUUCAAUAAUGUAUUCUUCGUAUACAUGCAAAUGAAAUAAAAAUACAUUCAAAUCUUUUA